AUGGACUCUUUACUUAGAGACAUAAGUGAAGCAGAUCAAAAGAAGAAUCCAAAUGCAGUGGUAACUGCGUUACGGUUCUACGCCGCAUCUAUGAAGGAAAAGGAGAAGGCCAAAUUCAUGACAACCAAUAGUGUUUACAACGCCAGUGAUGAAGAUUCUGAUGACGUAGAAAUUCAGCUAAAUGGUCAGGUGACUGGUCAUCAUACUCUAGCACCAACGUCAAGCCUGAAUGGCUUGUCGAGCGCGUCUGAUCCCAAAGCAGCUGGAUUGAGUUUUUCUUCUACCGAAGAUUCUGUGUUGGAUCGGACCGUUCCUUCUCCAGCUCCAUCUUUCAACCAUUCUAAUAGUUCAGGCGCUGUUGUGCAAGAAAAACGGAAAGGAAGUGCGGCAGGGGAGAGUGAAUUAAACCCGCCAAAUCCUCCUCCACCUAUCCAUCCUCGUUCGACGGCACGAAAAGAUGCUCCUCCACCACCACCACCACCACCACCACCACCACCUCCACAGCGGUCGAAGGUUUGCGCUGUUGUGCAAGAAAAACGGAAAGGAAGUGCGGUGGGGGAGAGUGAAUUUAACCCGCCAAAUGCUCCUCCACCUAUCCAUCCUCGUUCGACGGCACGAAAAGAUGCUCCUCCUCCACCACCACCACCACCACCUCCACAGCGGUCGAAGGUUUGUUAUUUCUGGUGAUC